CGAUCAACAGUGGCAGGCUGGCAGCGGGGCCUGCAGUUGCCACUCGUACUUUCGCAGCCACCGCCUGCUUGUCGCUAGCAAACUAGUAGUGCCAGGCCAGUGGUGCCGAGGAGCGAGACGGAGGAGGAAGGUUGCACGUCGCCGCAUCUUAUAUUUGCUCAGUUGUACUAUCUUAUCUUGCAUAGCCAUGGCUACGUGUGGUUCGUAUUGCUGUGAUGGAGACUUUAAUAAGGAUGAUGUGUCAACAACUAGAACUAUUGAGAGCUGUUUGCCUCUGCCUCUUCCAGAUGAAAUAUUAGAAGAUAUUGUUCCUAAAGCUAAGGAUUUUGCUAUUCUCCAUGGUGCUGGCAUGAGGUACAGGAGCAAUUAUGACCCAGAUAGUUUGCAGUUGGCUCCUUUCUUCCUCCUCCCAUCUGCAUUUCCCCGCCGUGAAUUUGACCGUGUGGUGAAGCUUCAAUCAAUUGUUAACAUUUUGAUGCACAGAAUUGCUCAUGAUUAUCAGUUUUUGAAGGAUGCUUUGGAAAAAACAAUAAAGGUGGAUGACUUCACACGGAGGCUGUGGGACAUCUACACCACAGUAAGAGAAGAAGGGAUUUCUCAGGAAAUGAGUUUGGGACUGGUGCGGUCGGAUGUGAUGCUAACCAAGUGCCAGGCUGGUUGCUGCGAGCUUUGCCAAACUCCUCCCUUUGUCACAGUGCACCAGGUGGAGGUCAACACCAUCGCCUCAGGAUUUGGCCACAUGGGACCAAUUUCUGGGAGUAUAAAUAGGUAUGUACUUGGAGAGAUGAGAAAGCCUGAGUUGCUGGGUCAUUUGCCAGAAAAUGAUGCUCUUGCAGGACUUUGUGGUGGAAUGAUUGCAGCAUGGGAUGCGUACGGUUGUCCUAAAGCUGUAAUAUUAUUCAUUGUGGAAGAUGUCACAUACAAUAUUUGUGAUCAACGGUUCCACGAAUAUGAGAUCAGGAGGCAGCGGCCAGACAUUCAUGUGAUCCGGCGCAACCUUACUCAGAUCAGCCAACGAGGCCGCCUCACUUCAGACAAGAGACUGGUAAUUGACGGUGAUGAGAUUGCAGUGGUUUACUUCCGCGCAGGAUAUGAACCUGGACAAUAUCACAGUGAGGCAGAGUGGGAAGCCAGACUCACUGUGGAAAGGUCAAAGGCAAUAAAAAGUCCAAGCAUUCAUUAUCAUCUAGCAGGCACAAAAAAGGUUCAGCAAGAGAUUGCACGCCCAGGUGUUUUGAACAAGUUUCUCUCAGAUUCAGAAGCAAAAUUAGUUAGUCAACUCUUUACAGGCCUGUACACCCUAGACAUGAGCCCAGAGGGAGAUCAAGCUGUGCAGAUGGCCAUGGAUAACCCAGAAAGAUUUGUAUUGAAACCACAGCGUGAGGGAGGUGGGAAUAAUGUGUAUGGCCAAGAAAUUAGGAUGGUCUUAGAAAAGAUAAAAGAUUCCCAAGAAAGAGAGGCCUACAUUCUUAUGGAUAGAAUUCGUCCACCCAUCCAGCAGAACUAUCUCAUCCGGGCCCAUGAGCCAGUGAAGCUGGUGGAGGUGGUGUCUGAGCUGGGUAUCUUUGGUACCAUCCUUGGAACUGCCAAGGACAUCCAGUUCAGUAAGUUUGCUGGCCACAUGCUGCGGACUAAGCUUUCUUCUGUCAAUGAAGGUGGGGUGGCAGCUGGUCUAGGGGCUUUGGACUCAGUCUUUCUGUUUGACUGAUUCCAGGCACACUGUCAUGAUCACAUGGUUGUCUGAAUGUAUGGUAGGUAUGUGAUUUAAUUCCCUUAGUUUAUAGAUUAAGUAUUCCAUAUUAUCUUGAGCAAUAUGAGAAAUAUAUAACUGAUAUAUUUUUUACACACUUUAGUUAUGUAUCUGUGAUACUACAAGCUACACAAAACAUGUAUUUUGAAAAAUGGUGCAAUAUUUACAUAAUUAGUAUCAUCACCGUGAGGCCUAAGGUAGGGAGGCAGACCAGGCUGCUCCCCACACAGAUUCAAGCUGGUUAGGUUGUGUUAUCUUUAUCACCUUUAUAUUUUAGGUGCUAUUGAAUGAUGAUUACCAAUGGUAAUAAUAGUUAUUUCUUUAUAGUUUAUUGCUUAAUUGAAAACUUUUGUGCCAUUAUGUGAAUUUAAGAAUAUAUAUAUAUAUAUAUAUAUAUAUAUAUAUAUAUAUAUAUAUAUAUAUAUAUAUAUAUAUAUAUAUAUAUAUAUAUACACACACACACACACACACACACACACACACACACACACACACACACAAUGAUAAUAUUUAUGUUAUGCUGAUCAUAAUGCUCAGUGUGAGUUUUGUUACAUGGCCAGUACUAUUUUAUUUUAUUGCAUUUACAUAUUUUCAUAUUUUCUUGCUAAUUCAUUUGUUAGUUUAAUAUUAUUGUUUUAUUUAUUUUUUAUUUAUUUCUGUUAUAUAUAUAUAUAUAUAUAUAUAUAUAUAUAUAUAUAUAUAUAUAUAUAUAUAUAUAUAUAUAUAUAUAUAUAUAUAUAUAUAUAUAUAUAUAUAUAUAUACAGUGGUGCCUUGGAAUAUGAACUUAAUCCGUUCAAAAAUUUUGUUCUUACUCCAAAACAUUCUUACUCCAAAGUAUCAAAAUACAUGUAUUCUUAUGGAAGAAAUUAUAAUUCGUUCCAAACCACCUCCCAAGACCAAAAAAAAUGUAUUUUUCACCUAAUUUCUUACUUUUUGCAUACUAUUACUAUAUAUACUACUACUACUACUAUUAUGCUAUAAUUAUAAAAGAUAGGAAAAUAAAGCAGGAAAGUAAGCAAAAUGUAACAUAAUGAAAAUUCUACUUCUCGUCGUCAGAAACAAGCGUCACCACAUCCUCCUCAUGUGACUCCAUCAAGCCAACAACACCACACACUCUUGUAUAAGCCAAUAAGUUUUCUUUGAUAUAUUGCAUUCAUUUUGGAAAAUAAAUCAGGGAAGUAGGCAAAUUGUAAUAUGAAAAUUCAACUUCUUCGUGGUCAGAAACAAGCGUCAACACAUCCUCCUCAGCCAACUACGCAUUCUUAUUUAAACCAAUAACGAGAUAAAAAUAACGAUUCCAUUAUUGACAUGCUUUAUGAUAUGUUUCCGAAGUGCUUACUUAUCCAUGGAAAUACAUGUAUAUCUUAUAUCUCACCAAGAAAUACAUAAAAUAUUAUAAAAUACAUCAUACUGAUGUAAGUGCUCUCACCAUCCUCACGCUUGGUGCCCUCACACCUACACAAACAUAUCUUUGUAAAAGCUGAUACAUGAUUGGCUAAGUGUCCACCAUCUUGAAAACAAUGGGCCAAUGACAGGCCUCGAUAUAUGACAGAUAGCCUCAAGCAUAAACAAACUGUGUGGCAUAAAAGAGCGCAUACAGUCCAGAUAUAAGAUAUAUCUGGACCUUGGGAGCGUGGCUUCUGAAAAGCGCCAUGAUCAUGCCUGACGGGCUCUAACGUAAGAGCCACGAUCGUGCCUGACGGACUAUAAGGGUUAAGGCUUUUAAUUCAUGAGCUGGAUACUCUCUCUUCCCCUCGGAUCUUCUAGAAUCUUCCAUACGUCUGUCUAUGUCUUGUGACCACAUGUGCUGCUAUGCUAGGCAGUGAUCUUAAUAAC